CGAACAAAUCCACAAGGUAAUGUUAGAAAGACGAUACAUGUCAUGACCAGAAGAAAUAGUUGUCCGUGAUCCACGGAGCUUCGCGGUUCCACCAGGUGUCGCAUCAUAAACUGUCAUUCCCCCAUAAUUUCCAAAAUAACUACUCCAAAAAAAAAUAAACAAAGAGUAAAAUAAUAAAAAUCAUCAACUCGUCAUGCAUCAAUCUGUAAUUAACAAACACCUGUGCACGAGGCGUGGAAUCUAGUGCAAAUGAUCGAUAGUAAAGUGUUCGACACCAAAGGAUAGAAAAAAAAUUCUUCACCGUUUACUCACCGAUGGAAUAAUCAACUGCGAAGAAAAAAAUGUGGAGUCCAACGCAUGUCCAAGUAACAGUCCAGAGAGCGAAAGGAUUGUUGACCAAGGGAAAGCAUCAGACAAACGACUGUUUCGUGACGAUUGCACUUGGUAAAGAGAAGUAUCAGACGUCUGUCAAGGAAAAAGCGUCUGAGAAUGUCGAAUGGCAUGAGGAAUGUGAACUGCAAAUCCCCUCACAGGGGAAUAAAGCUGAAAUUGUACUCACGGCUUUGCACAGAAAUUUCCUGGGGGUUGAUGAAUUUUUGGGGAUGAUUAGUGUACCACUCGCUAGCUUUGACGUCUACGAGAGGCCGAGAAAUAGGUGGUACACCCUGGAGUGUAAACCAGGAAAAGAGAAUACGAAGAAUCGCGGUACACUCGAGGUUAAAAUAGGAUUUAUCGUAAAAGCUGGUAGUUUAACAGAUUUAACGAGAAAAGAGCGUCACAAAAGUUCACUGGGGCAAUUAUCAACAGCAGCUCAAUCGAUUGGUGGUAGUUUACUGAGUAUCGGUAGCUUGGAGAAGCGCAAGGGUUUGAAAAAAUUAGCAAAGUCCAUUGGCAAUCGUGUCAAGGGUAAGAGCAAGAGUAAAUUGGAUAAAGAUGAAUUUGAUGAAGUGGAGGAGCACCAGAUCAGGCCCUCGAGACAAGAGCCAGGUGAAGCUGAUCCCGGUGUCAUUAGUGAGGACGAUGAUGAGUUUACUUUCGAUGAUUUAUCACACAAGAGUUCUGCGUCGUCUUUGAAUGCACCUGUAUCCAGUGCUAUCACUCCAACGUUCUCCACGAAUUCUAAUAACUCCCAAAAUUCAUUCACACGUGUCAAUACGGAAUCCAGUACACCACCACCUGUACCGAGCAAUGUUGCCCCUAAUAAACCACCGAGGAUCACAUCGUCAUUGAAUUCAUCGUCUCCUAGGAUCGAUGAGAGAGAUCAGGACGAGUGGGGACGAAAGUUGUAUGGAUUGCAGGGAAAUAAUGUAAUUAAAAGGUGGGAUAAUAAGGGGAAUCCAAAGAUUGUGAUAGAGGAACCGAGUGAAAAAUCCCCAGCAACAUCACCAUCCCCAACCUCGAGAUUUCGUGAUACCCCAGAACCACCGAGUCCUGCACCACGCGAGAUAAUAACUUCAAAGCGGCCAAAGGAUGAUAAACUUAAAGAGAGAAAUUCAAAGGAUGAAAAACAUUUUAUGAGAGAUAAAAGUCCAAACUGCAAGGAGGAUAAAUACGUGAGAAGUCUCAAGGAGGAUAAAUCCUCGAAGAAAGAUAAGAAGAGGGAUAAGGAGAAUAAAGGAAAGGAUUUUUGUGAGGAACAAUUGUCCUCUGAGAGGAUAAUUAUUGGUGGGGAGGACGGUGUGAAGAAUAAUAUGGGAGGAAAAAGUCGCCUUCCCCUCGAGGUCCUCCAGCAGUUUGAGGGGAAGACCAGAGAGGAUUUGAUUGAGUUGACGUUGAAACUUCAGAGCGAAGUUAUUGAUAAAAGGAAACGUCUUGCAGAUCUCGAGGAUUAUAUCGAUGGCCUUCUGUUACGGGUGAUCGAGUGUUCCCCACGACUCCUGCAAAAUCCAUAUCAAUCCAACAGACGUCUGUCCUCUCCCUCGAAACAAUAGAUCAAUUGAUCUUCCGAGCUAACAUUGCCCUAACUUCAAUCAAUAAUAUUUCUCCUAAUUUAUGAUUCAUCACUCCUAACUCUGGAUUUAAUCCAACAGAUUACCGAGGACUUAUGAUGAAAAUUGGAAUCGUGAUCAAAACGACUUGCAGUUAUUUUUAAUGAAAAUUUAGUAGCCAAUGGAUAAAUUGAAAUGAGAUUUCGACUCCCAUUGAAUGUAUCAAAAUCAUCGAUUCAUAUUUUUUCCUCGAAAUUUAACUUUAACUUUAUUCGAAAAAUGAAAACUCAUUUAAUUUCACCAAUUAUCUACUGAUUUUCGAUGGCUUUUCCCAAUGACUGAUAAUUAAUAAUGUAGAUUGAGAAAAACUCUUGCGUCUUCCCAGAAAUAUCGUCUCAGAUGACGAGAGUUCAUUUGGCAUUUAAUUCUCGGCAAAAAUUUGGCUAAUGGAAUAUUUUAAUGGAAAUAUAUCAUUGUUACUGUAUUUUUGUAGAGGGAAUGUGUUACAGGUGGAAUAGAGUAUUGAAACAAGUGCCUUACGCAUGCGAUUA